UAGUUAAAAAAAGGGCUCUGUUUAAUUUGAAUAGCUUUCAUUUACAUAAAUAAAUCAAAAAUUAUAUUUUAUAUUAAAGUAUAUUAACUUUUUCCUGAAAUCCACUCCAAAGGUGCAUUACUGUAUCCACCCGGUUGGAUAUGUGUGUCAGCCGCAAAGGUUGCUUCGGCCGCCAAGUUCAGCCGGGUAAGAGGAUCCAACUGGCGAAGGGCAGCCAUCGGCUCUUUAUAUACCAUACGAAUGGCAAUUGCUAUCAUCACUUGCAUCUCUAGACCCGAGCACGCAGAUCAUGAGCAACGGCAGACAUUUGGCUAAAGGCUCACCCCCGCCGGAUGUGCCCGAGGAUGGUAUCCUUCGCCUUUACUCUAUGCGCUUCUGCCCAUUCGCCCAGCGCGUGCAUCUGGUGUUGGAUGCCAAGCAGAUCCCUUACCACAGCAUCUACAUUAAUCUCACAGAGAAACCAGAGUGGCUGCUGGACAAGAAUCCGCAGGGCAAGGUACCAGCUCUAGAAAUUGUAAGAGAACCAGGACCACCUGUGCUUACGGAGUCGCUAUUGAUCUGCGAGUAUCUGGACGAGCAGUAUCCAUUACGUCCGCUCUAUCCGCGUGAUCCUCUUAAGAAAGUUCAGGAUAAAUUACUGAUUGAGCGAUUUGGAGUGGUGCUUGGUGCCUUCUUUAAGGCAUCGGACGGCGGUGAAUUAGAGCCCUUCUGGAACGGCCUCGACACCUACGAAAGGGAACUGAGCCGUCGGGGUACAGACUUCUUUGGUGGUGAACAGACAGGAAUUUUGGACUACAUGAUCUGGCCCUGGUGUGAGCGCCUCGAGCUUCUAAAGUUGCAGCGUGGUGAGGAAUACAACUACGAUGAAAGCCGUUUCCCUCAGCUGACCUUGUGGCUGAUACGCAUGAAGCGUGAUCCGGCUGUGAUGGCUUUUUACAUGGAGGCUGAGGUUCAAGCUGAGUUCCUGCGCACGCGUAGCUUGGGCCAACCCAACUAUAAUUUGCUUGUGAAGGAUGCCUGAUGCAGCUUGGUUUAUUUAAAUGUUUAGCUUGGAAUGAAUAAAACUUUAAGGCAGUCCAAAACCAGUUCCUAAGAUUUGAUUUUGGCUAAACCUGUUGGCAAUCUA